AUGGAUGUGUAUCAAAAAGCAUUAAAGAAUCCUGAUCCACCGAAAAAGCCAGGCUCGCAUUCAAAAACACCGCUGGUAGACAGCGAACAUAAGGUUUCGUUUGUUCCCGGGGUGCCAAGCAUCAGUCAGUUGCACCAGGAGCCUAGGCUACUGCAACCGACACAACCAUUGCCAGCACUAGUACUGCUGCAGCAACAUUUUGCUGCCGUUACAUCGUCAUUCCCUAUCCAACAACCAGCGUUUCCACCCCUGCUGCAAUUUGUAUCCCAGAUUAUACCGUCACAAUAUACACAACAACAACCGCUUCAAAUACCCAAUCAGGGGAAUAUGUCGUUGAAUCACACACAAACUCCGAACAGCUCAGUCACUAAGAUACACCAAACUAGAUCGCCUGUGUUGCCAAACACACGUGAGCAGCGACAACAGCAAGAACAAGGACAAGAGCAACAAUAUGCUCAAUUAAAGCAAGAAUUUUUCUCCUCUAAAAGAAAGAGGAAUUCACGCCGAAAGCAUCGUAAUUCACAUCUUGGUUGUGGUACUUGUAAAAAGAGAAGGAUUAAAUGUGAUGAGACAUUACCAUCAUGCCUCAACUGCAUAAAAGGAAAACUUCAUUGUGCUUAUUUGAACCUCGACAACCAGGCAAGAAAUGCAUUAAGGUUAGCUCAAUAUAAUCAAAGCAUGAGACAAGAGAGAUUGGAGGGAGGCAAAACUGCUGAUGCACAACAACAACAGCAACAGCUGGUUUCCGUUGGUGCUCUGCUUGCUCAACAACAAGCACAAAAUGGUCCAGUUCUUGCAUCGGUAGGGAAUGCGCCAGCACCACAUCCAACAAUAAUGGCUAAUAAUGGUGGAUUCAUCCCAAUGCAACAACAAAUGGGACAAGGCGCAUCUUUGCCUUCUACGGCUGUGAUGCAAUCGCCUUAUGGUCCAAUAUCGUUGGUUCCUGUGUUGACUAACACUGGUGCAGUUGUAUAUGCGCCGACAUCCGCUUUUCCUGGUCCAGUUCCAGUUUCUCAGCAACCUACACCAGUCCCGCAAAUGCCAAUAUUGACGAACACAUCACAACAACUGUUAUCACAACCUAGUCUUCCUUUACCACAACAACAAACACCAAGUUCAAUACGAGCAAGAGCGCCAUCGAUUUUGUCAGCAUCAUCCAUGGGGCAGGAGUCACAGACAACAUUAUCGGUAUCGCCAACACAACGACAACUGCAUCAAAAAUUACCAUCCCUAACGCCAAUAAUGUCAACUGCUGCAAAUGCUGCAACGUUGGCCUCACAAAAUAUACAAAUCAAACCACAACAUCAAGAACAACCGUCUUCCAAUGCUGAAAUAAAGUUGCCACCACUUGCCCCUAUUUCAGUUCCUAGCAUUAGUGUAUCUAAAUCGAAUUCAACAUCAGUCUCACCUUCGCUCAAGUCAGAUUCUGAGUCUGUACAAGCACUGAGGUCAGCACCAGUUUUGUCACCAAUCUCAAUGACCAAUGUUGGUGCCAAAGAGGAUAAACCAACAUUGCCAGCAUCUCAACCCGAAAAAUCACCUGCUCUUCCUAGUAUAUCACAUAUCACACAACAACCGUCAAUGAAUUCCAUUCCAACAAGUCCAGAUUUGAAACAACAACAGAAAGAGGAACAGAAAGAGGAACAGAAAGAGGAACAGCACCGUCGAGAAGAACGUGAUCGUGUUUACUCACGUUCCGAGGUAAAUACUGCAUCACACUCUAGAUCAAGAUCUCGCUCACCAACACGAUCACGAUCAAGAACAGCGAGUCCACAAUCGAUUACAUCUAAUGUAGCAGCCACUAUUGUUGACGCUCCGUCAUCGCAUUUGAUUCCUAAGCUGGGAUCAGUAUCGAAUUUCGGCUCAUUGAGUAUCAAAGAAGAAGAUAGUAAAAAUGGUGAAUUGAAAUUGCCGAAAACUGGAGUCGAUAGUGCUGUUGUAGCUGCCACCAACUCUACUAAUGGAUCUAAAGAAGAGAAGGUAUCAAUCUCAAAAUUAAUCACAUAA